AUGGCUGCUCCCGAGGUUCACCAUCUCUUCCACAGCCCCAUCGCCGACCACUCCUUCUCGGCCGACCGCAACACCCUUGCCGUCGCCCGAGACACAACCGUCGAGCUGUAUGCCAAGGCUGGGAAUGCCUUCAAGCUCCAGGAUGUGUUGAAGGGUCACGACAAGACGGUCACCAGCGUCGACAUUGCCCCGAGCUCCGGUCGCAUCGUGUCUUGCUCCCAAGACCGCAAUGCGCUCGUCUGGGAGCCGUCUCCCACGGGGUAUAAGCCGACCUUGGUCCUUCUCCGCAUCAGCCGCGCCGCCACAUUUGUCCGAUGGUCCCCCUCGGAAACAAAGUUCGCCGUCGGAUCUGGCGACCGCGUCAUUGCCAUCUGCUACUUUGAAGCGGAGAAUGACUGGUGGGUGUCCAAGCAUCUGAAGAAGCCCAUCCGCAGCACCAUCACCAGUGUCGCCUGGCACCCCAACUCUGUCCUCCUCGCUGCAGGCUCGACCGAUGCCCACGCCCGCGUCUUCUCUAGCUUCAUCAAGAACGUCGACACCAAGCCAGACCCCGGCGUUUGGGGCGAGAGGCUGCCCUUCAACACCGUCUGCGGAGAGUUCCUCAACAACUCUGCCGGGUGGGUUCACUCGGUUGCCUUUUCUCCCAGUGGAGACAGUCUGGCCUUUGCCGCGCACGACAGCAGCAUUACUGUGGUGUACCCCAGCGGCCCGGAACAGCCGCCCAAAGCCGUCCUCACCAUCUCAACCCAGCUCCUCCCCUUCAAGAGCUUGAUCUGGAAGAGCGAAGGCGAAAUCAUUGCUGCCGGCUAUGACUGCGAGGCCUUGCGGUUCAAGGGCGGCGAGUCUGGCUGGCAGCUUGCCAGUGCCGUCGAGUCCAAGGCGGGUUCAGGCCCAGGCCAUCAGCGCGAGGAGUCGGCCCUCAACAUGUUUAAGCAGAUGGACCUCAAAGGCAAGAUCAAGGAUGACACCCAGUUGAAGACGAUUCAUCAAAACACCAUCACGACGAUCCGACCUUUUGCAGUCUCGGGCGGCAAUGUCGUAAAGUUCAGCUCAAGUGGCGUUGAUGGAAGAGUUGUCAUCUGGAACGCUUGA